AUGAACACUCUUACUGAGAAGACAUCGACCACCUCACGAGGCUUCACCUAUCGCUACUACAUUUCCGGGUCCGGGAAAGGAGCCGACAUCGACAAACCUGCUCUGCUCUUCUGCCAUGGGUUCCCGGAGACAGCGCAUCUUUGGGAGCCGCUGCUUCCUUUCCUGCGAACAGUACCCCAUCGUCUCCUUAUCCCUGACCUUCUUGGAUUUGGUGGGACUUUAAAGCCCACCGAGCCUUGGGCGUAUGCGUAUGGUGAGAUGGUCCAGGACCUCCUAGACAUUUGCGACGCUGAGGGUAUCAGUAAUGUGGUCCCUAUUGGGCACGACCACGGAUCAGGUCUCGCUGGGCGCGUCUACAAUUACGCCCCGAAGAGGGUGAUGGGCCUGAUCUUGCUGAAUGUCGGAUACCAGGCACCUGAAAGGCAAAAGGAAUUCGAUAUCCCGGCCAUUAAUGAGACGUCCACAAAGCUAUUCGGCUAUCCCAUACUGGAGUAUUGGAAUUUCUUCGUAACUCCAGACGCCGCUCCGAUCAUGCAAGGCAACUUGGAACGUCUAUGGGACUGCGCGCACGCUGGGACAUUUGCGGAGAAGCAGUAUCUGUACUGCGUUCCUGGAGCCAUGAGGCAAUACUUGACAGAUCCGGACGUACCGCGAAUCAGCACAAAACCGUAUGCUGCAGACCCGGAACUCAAACAACGCUGGAUGUCGCAGUUCCAGGCUGGAGGUCUGGCUGGACCACUCUGCUGGUAUACAUCCCGCGCCAUGAACAUUCAGCUUCUCAGCGACAAACAUAUGCCGGAUGGCAGGGUCGUUGUCAGGGUGCCGACGCUGUUCAUCGGUUGCGAUGAAGAUGUUGUGUGCCGACCGGAAUUGAUCAAAUCACCACGAGAUGCAGGCUUACUACCGAAUUUGACGACACAUAUCAUGGAGAGUGUUGGCCACUGGCCGAUGUAUGAAAAUCCUGGGAAGACUGCGCUGCUGAUACGGGACUUCUUGUAUGAGAAGCGGUUGUGA